AGCCGCUACAAUAAUUCAUUGUCGUAGGCUAUUUUAUUUUUUUGUAUAUAAGUUCUCCAAACGCCUUCAAAUUUGAUAUUCCGAGCUCUACAAUGUCUCUCGACACGAGAAUAUUCCACAAGAGAUAUUCUUCCUCUUCUGAUAAUCUGAACCCUAAAUCGGCAAAAAAAGAGAAACUCAAAGAGGCCUUUAAGUUGAUUUUCUAUGCGACGGGAAUCUACGCAUCCUUCAUCUUGUAUGGAGGAUUCCAGGAAUAUCUUUCGAAGCAAGCUACUUUCGGACUGCAACGCAAGGUUUUCGAUUAUCCUACAUUUUCCUUGUUUAUACAGGGCAUAUCCAAUUUGGUAGCUGCUUAUAUAGGUACUUUGAUUUACGUUCUUUUUUUUCUGCCGCGUUCUUUUUACCAAACUUCUUCUGCACUAGUUAUGCUCGUUACUCGAGAGCGACUUGUGGGCUCCGUCUCUCCCUUCAGUUAUAUUUUUUCUUCGCUGUCACAGAUGACGGCGUUGUUUUUGUCUUACUACGCGUUGGACUACAUUGAUUAUCCGACUCAGAUACUCGCGAAAUCUAGCAAGCCAAUUCCAGUUAUGCUUAUGGGCGUGGUCAUCUUGGGUCGUCGAUACACCCUUCUAAAGUAUUUGACUGUCUUCCUUAUUACUGGGGGUAUCGGCGCGUUUAUGCGCGAACAAGAUCGCUAUACAUACGCUCAGACUCAUGUACAUAAUUAUUUUGGAAUUACGUUGGUACUGCUGUCUUUGCUGUUGGAUGGCGUAACGGGGUCCCUGCAAGACUAUCAUAUCAAGCGCUAUCGACCUUCGGCUAACCACCUCAACUUCUGGACAAGUUUUUGGAUAGCUUUUACAUCGCUCUUUGUAUUUCUGAGCCAAGGCGAAUUCCUCCCUUCGCUGCAGUUUUGCGUAGAAUUUCCGUCGGUGUUGCUGCUUGUGGCUGCCCAAGCGAUAUGCAAUUCGAUAGGACAAUUCUUCAUCUUCCGAAUUUUGCGGCAAUUUGGACCGCUUACCCUGAGUGUGAUCACCACUAGCCGGAAAUUCUUUUCAAUUCUCGUGUCCAUAAUCUGGUUCAACCACCUGCUCAGUUUGAAGCAAUGGAUGGCACUGACGAUCGUGUUCGUAGGGCUGUCCAUUGACAUUUUCUCAAAAUCUCAGGAAAAGCGUGGUUGAACCAGCUUUAUAUAAAGUUUGAAGCCAGCUUAGUCACGGCGUCGAUUGGGUGGCGUUACGUUGUGUGAGCGGUGCCUAGAUAGUCUGCGCGUGAGCUGCUUAGUCCUAUAGCGUUUGGCUCUGUGCAGAGCGGGCGGUACCAGGACCUGUCUAUCAGGAUUGC